AGAUAAAUAGGGUAGCUGAUGACGACGUCUAGGUGGUGCGCUCCGUGAUUUUUGGUGUUUAGAUAAAUAAAUCAUACGAGGACGGCAUCUAGGUGUACAGGGCGGCCGAUGGCGAGGUCUAGGUAGUUCGCACCGUGGUUUUUGGUGUCUAGGUGUUGAAAUAAUUCGAGGGCGGUACCUAGGUGUACAGGGUGGCCGAUGACGAGGUCUAGGUAGUUCGCUCCGUGGCUUUUGGUGUUGAAAUAAUUCGAGGGCGGUGUCUAGGUGUACAGGGUGGCCGAUGACGAGUUCUAGGUAGUUCGCUCCGUGGUUUUUGGUGUCUAGGUGUAAAAAUCAUUUGAACGCGGUGUCCAGGUGUACAGGGUGGCCGAUGACGAGGUCUAGGUCGUGCGCUCCGUGGCUUUUGGUGUUGAAAUAAUUCGAGGGCGGUGUCUAGGUGUACAGGGUGGCCGAUGACGAGUUCUAGGUAGUUCGCUCCGUGGUUUUUGGUGUCUAGGUGUAAAAAUCAUUUGAACGCGGUGUCCAGGUGUACAGGGUGGCCGAUGACGAGGUCUAGGUCGUGCGCUCCGUGGCUUUUGGUGUUGAAAUAAUUCGAGGGCGGUGUCUAGGUGUACAGGGUGGCCGAUGACGAGGUCUAGGUAGUUUGCUCCGUGGUUUUUGGUGUCUAGGUGUAAAAAUCACUUGAACGCGGUGUCCAGGUGUACAGGGUGGCCGAUGACGAGGUCUAGGUCGUGCGCUUCGUGGUUUUUGGUGUCUAGGUAAAUAAAUCAUACGAUGACGGCGUCUAGGUGUACAGGGUGUCCGAUAACGAGGUCUGGAUAGUUCGCGCCGUGGGUUUUGGUGUCUUGGCGUAGAAAUAAUUCAAGGGUGGUGUAUAUCAACAAUCAGUGAUCUCAUGUUAGUGAUAAAAAUGUUACAAAAAAGCUUUGAUCUAAAGAAGGAUACUGAGCGUCACGUAUCAGCCUCGAAUUCAUCCUCGGUUCGUUUGCUGCAAGAGUACUUUUGUAAAAGUCUCUUGAAGCAAAUUUACUUACAUUAUUGGAAAUUUGACAAAAAUUUACAGCAAAAUGUCCGAAGUACCAUCAAUAGGGAUUGACCUAGGAACAACAAAUACUGUUAUAGCAGCAUGGAUACCCGAGACGAAUAAGGACUUGAACUCCACCAAAUCAUCUGGUACAGUGAACAUAAUAGCCAAUUCUAAAGGACACAGAACGACGCCGAGUUGUGUGGCUUUUAAUGAAAAAGAGCGUCUGAUUGGCACUUCAGCUCUAUCUCAGGGGCAAAGGAAUUCAAAAAACACCAUUUAUAGUUCCAAGAGGUUGAUAGGACGUGAGUUUGACAAUGAAGUCAAAGCCGAGAGUGAACAUUGGCCAUUUGCAGUGGUGGAUAAAGAAGGUCGUCCCUUCUAUGAAGUCAACCAUAAAUCAGAAAUUAAAUACUACUCGCCUCAGGAUAUUGCGUCAAUGAUCUUAGAAUAUGUCAAACAGUUUGCUGAAAGCUACCUAACAAAAAAAAUUACAGAUGUAGUUAUCACUGUUCCCGCUAACUUUAAUACCAUCCAACGUGAAGCAACAAAAUUUGCUGGAGAAAUGGCAGUAUUAAACGUAUCCAUUAUAAGUGAGCCGAUUGCUGCAGCACUCGCUUAUGGCCUAAAUCAUAAGAUAAAUUAUAAUGAUUAUGUGUUAAUCUUUGAUCUUGGUGGGGGCACGUUUGAUGUAUCGGUUGUCACAAUGCAAAAUGAUAUUUUAAUUGUCGAAGCAACAAGUGGCGAUCAACACUUAGGAGGUGAAGAUUUUACAAAUAUUUUGCUGGAACACUUCACUAAGGAAUUCAAUUCUAAAUAUGACUGUGAAAUACAGGUGAACGAAGUGUCAGUGAAGCGCUUGUAUAAUGCUUGUGAAAAUGCAAAAUUAGAACUAAGUGAUUCUGCAAGUGCAAACAUAGAUGAAUUUGCGUUGUUUGAUGGGCAUGACUUCUGUGCUACCAUAACUAGAGAUAAGUUUGAAGAACUUUGUGAUAAUUUAUUUCAGAAAAUUCUGAAGUCAGUUGAAUUAGUCCUGUCGGAUGCUAAAGUACAAAAGUCUGACAUAAAAAAUAUUGUCUUGGUAGGAGGCUCAACUAGAAUAUUAAAGAUACAAGAUAUGUUAAAAGACUUCUUUGGUAAAGAGUUGGACAAAUCUAUAAAUCCUGACGAAGCAGUUGCCUAUGGUGCUGCUCUGCAAGCAUCCAUGAUCCAUGGUAAUAUGGAAAAUCUUCUGUUGGUUGACGUAACACCAUUGUCACUUGGAGUUCAAGUAGGAGAAAAUGAAAUGUCCAUAUUGAUAAAGCGGAAUACUCGUUUACCGUUCUCUAAAGCAAGAAAUUACACCACAGCUAGAGAUAAUCAGCAGAAAGUAGAAAUAAAAGUUUAUGAAGGUGAAGACAAAAAUGUUAAUAAUAAUUUAUUUUUAGAUAAAUUCACUUUGAUGAACAUUCCUCCUGGGCCAAAAGGUACUCCAACUAUCAUUGUUACCUUCGAUAUGAACAAUAAUGGCAUUCUUAUAGUGUCAGCUGUAAUAAAAUCAAAUGAACAUCUUACCAAGAAAAUACACAUUGACCGUAGAAGAUGUUUCUCCCAUGAAAAAAAAAACCCAAGUUGACGAGGUAACAGUGAUUGACUAAAAAUCUAUGGUUACGAGAUACUUCAGAAGAGAAAAGAAAAAUCUAUAGAAAAGAAUGAAUCAUCGUUAACAUGCGCAACAUCAACAGAAAUAAAAAUAAAUAUUAAUAUAAAUAAAUUACAGUACAAUAAUAUGAUGGUUAAAAGAUUUUGAUAUCAUUACUUUAUUACAGUGCCAGUAAAUUUAAAAUAUAAUUUUUAAUACUGAAAUAAGAAAGAUGAAAAAUGAGUUGUUAUUUUUGUUUCCCUCUCAAAAUACAAUAGAUACAUACUCUAAGCUUUUGAGGGACAAUUGCAUUUCUACAUAAUUUUCUUUAUAUACUCAUUAUCUAAAUAUUAAAAUUCUAAUCAAUAUUACUAUAAAGGUACAACAAAAUAUGUUUCGAUGCAUUUCAAAAAUAUAUUAGUAAAUUAUGAAUUAAAAUCUAUUUAUAUUUCCACAAAUUUCUCCAUUCUUUUUUCGAUGUUUCACAAACAUGAAUUUUUUCAAAACAAAGCCACCUUAAUGUCCAUAAGUGUCGAAAUUUUCGUGAACGUAAUUAAAAUACGAUGUACUACCGUCUUCCGUACUACUUUUGCUCAGUAUAAAGUGAUACUUGCUUGUUGUAGAGAACUUUUCGGUCCCGUGACAUUUAUUCUGUUUCGGACGUAACAGUAAUUUUCAAAAAUUCUACGGUAGUCCAGUUGAUAUGUAUUAGCAAAUUUCGAUGACAGUUGUGCAAAAUGAUAAAUAUUAUCAACAUGGUCAAGGCUCUGGAGAUGAUCUUCAACAUUUGUGUAAUUAAAUGUCACAUUGCAGCAGCAACAUUUUAAUACAUUUAAUUUAGAUGAGACGCACACAAUUGAGUUGUAAACGAGGUUCUCAUAAUAAUCUAUAACAAUUCCCACUGAAGUCAUUGCUUUAAUAAUCUACCAGAGAAUGGUGCCAAGAAUCAAAUACAUUUCAAUAUAUCAAAUAUAAGAAUAAUCUGCAAACAGCAAUAAAUAAAGCAUAAAGCAAGACGGUAAAGUAUACAUAAUAAAUAUGCUUUG